AAGAAGCCAGCAGCAGCAGUAGUAGUUUAUUGUUGCCUGAGCUGCGGUAAUGGCGGUGCCUCGUCGCUCCUCACAGCAACAACAACAGCAGCAGCAGCAGCAACAACAGCAGAGUACUUUACAGUCUCCACCAAGAAACAGUUCUCUGUCGGCCGCCCCUCCAGCUUCCCCGCCGAUGGUUGUGCUAACCGCGCCUGUCGGCCCCCCGGAGGGUGAGCGAGAGUGCAGCGGCGGGAUGGAGAUGGCUCUGGCCUCCCCGGACGUAGGAGCCCCGCUGUUGGCGAGCAGCGCCAGCUCCACCACGACCACCUCUGGCGGCGGUAGCGGCAGCAGCAGCGUGUCCAGCCCGGGCUCCGGGGCUGCCAGCCCAGCUGAAGGCAGCAGCGGCAUCGGCGGGGCGUUCAGGGAGCUUUUCGAGGCCUGUCGAAACGGAGACGUGUCGAGAGUCAAGAGGCUUGUGGAUUCGGUGAACGUAAACGCGAAGGACAUGGCUGGACGAAAAUCUACUCCGCUUCAUUUCGCUGCGGGGUUUGGCAGAAAGGAUGUGGUGGAGCACCUCUUGCAGACGGGGGCCAACGUCCAUGCCAGGGAUGAUGGAGGGCUCAUACCUUUGCAUAAUGCCUGCUCUUUCGGCCAUGCUGAAGUUGUCAGUCUCCUUCUGUGCCAGGGUGCAGACCCCAAUGCCAGAGAUAACUGGAACUACACUCCGUUACAUGAGGCUGCCAUCAAAGGAAAAAUAGAUGUGUGCAUAGUGUUACUGCAGCACGGGGCUGAUCCUAACAUCCGCAACACUGAUGGAAAAUCUGCUCUGGACCUUGCUGAUCCUUCAGCCAAGGCUGUUCUUACUGGUGAAUACAAGAAGGAUGAACUCUUGGAAGCGGCAAGAAGUGGAAAUGAAGAAAAGCUCAUGGCACUGCUAACUCCAUUAAAUGUGAACUGUCAUGCCAGUGAUGGCAGAAAGUCAACAUCCCAAAAAAUGCUGUCAACACCUCUACACCUGGCUGCCGGCUACAAUCGAGUGCGUAUUGUGCAGCUGCUCCUCCAGCACGGAGCUGAUGUUCACGCCAAGGAUAAAGGUGGUCUGGUUCCUCUUCAUAAUGCCUGUUCCUACGGUCACUUUGAGGUCACUGAGCUUCUGCUCAAACAUGGAGCGUGUGUGAAUGCCAUGGACCUGUGGCAGUUCACACCUCUGCAUGAGGCAGCAUCCAAGAACCGAGUGGAAGUUUGUUCUCUGCUCCUGAGCCAUGGCGCUGACCCCACCCUGCUCAACUGUCACAGCAAGAGUGCUGUGGACAUGGCCCCCACUCCAGAGCUUAAAGAGAGACUGACCUAUGAGUUUAAAGGCCACUCGCUGCUGCAGGCGGCCCGAGAGGCAGACAUGGCCAAAGUGAAGAAGACCCUGGCUCUGGAGAUCAUCAGCUUCAAACAUCCUCAGACCAAUGAGACCGCACUGCACUGUGCUGUGGCCUCGCCACACCCUAAGAGGAAGCAGGUGACUGAGUUGUUGUUGCGUAAAGGUGCCAACAUCAAUGAGAAGAACAAAGAUUUCAUGACCCCGUUGCAUGUUGCUGCUGAGCGGGCUCACAAUGACAUCCUUGAGGUGCUGCAGAAACACGGAGCAAAGGUAAAUGCCAUGGACACAUUAGGUCAGACUGCUCUCCAUAGAGCUGCGCUGGCAGGUCACAUCCAGACCUGCAAACUGCUUCUGAGCUACGGAGCCGACCCAACCAUCGUGUCUCUGCAGGGUUUCACUGCUGCCCAGAUGGGUAACGAGGCAGUACAGCAGAUUCUCAACGAAAAUGUUCCGACUCGUAACUCUGAUGUUGACUACAGAUUUCUUGAAGCAGCCAAAGCAGGUGAUCUGGACACAGUGCAGCAACUCUGCACACCCCAGAACGUCAACUGCCGGGAUCUGGAAGGCCGCCACUCCACUCCUCUUCACUUUGCAGCUGGUUAUAACCGAGUGGCUGUGGUUGAAUAUCUGCUGCACCAUGGAGCAGAUGUCCAUGCCAAAGACAAGGGCGGUCUGGUUCCCCUCCACAACGCGUGCUCCUACGGUCAUUAUGAAGUAGCCGAGCUGCUGGUCCGACAUGGCGCUUCAGUCAAUGUGGCUGACUUGUGGAAGUUUACCCCUCUUCAUGAGGCUGCAGCCAAAGGCAAAUAUGAAAUCUGCAAACUGCUGCUCAAGCAUGGAGCAGAUCCAUCCAAGAAAAACCGUGAUGGCAACAUGCCACUAGACAUGGUGAAAGAUGGAGACACAGACAUUCAGGACCUGCUGAGGGGUGACGCUGCUUUGCUGGAUGCUGCAAAGAAAGGCUGCCUGGCUCGUGUGCAGAAGCUGUGCUCUCCAGAAAAUAUCAACUGCAGGGACACCCAGGGGAGAAACUCCACGCCACUGCACCUCGCAGCUGGUUACAACAACCUUGAAGUGGCAGAGUAUCUCCUGGAACAUGGGGCUGACGUCAACGCCCAGGACAAAGGAGGCCUGAUCCCACUCCAUAAUGCUGCUUCUUAUGGGCAUGUCGACAUUGCAGCUCUGCUGAUCAAGUACAACACAUGUGUGAACGCCACAGACAAAUGGGCUUUCACGCCGCUCCACGAGGCGGCUCAGAAGGGUCGAACGCAGCUGUGUGCCCUGCUGCUUGCUCAUGGAGCCGACCCCACCAUGAAGAACCAGGAGGGCCAGACCGCCCUGGACCUGGCAACGGCUGAUGACAUCCGCGCUCUGCUGAUGGACGCCAUGCCGCCAGACGCGCUGCCAAGCUGCUUCAAACCUCAGGCCACUGUGGUCAGCGCCUCAGUCAUUUCCCCGGCCUCCACGCCAUCGUGUCUGUCAGCCGCCAGCAGCAUAGACAACCUGGCAGGACCGCUCACUGAGCUGGCUGCUUCUGCAGCCGCUGGAUCUGCCGGAGUAGCAGAUGGAGCCUCAAGCAGUGACCGCAAGGAAGGUGAAAUGACGAUGCUGGACAUGAACAUAAGUCAGUUCCUGAAAAGCUUGGGCCUGGAGCACCUCAGAGACAUUUUUGAAAGGGAGCAGAUCACCUUGGAUGUACUGGUGGACAUGGGCCACGAAGAGCUGAAGGAGAUUGGGAUUAAUGCUUACGGUCAUCGACACAAACUCAUCAAGGGUGUUGAGAGGCUGCUGGGCGGCCAGCAAGGUGGCAACCCUUACCUGACAUUCCAUUGUGCCAACCAGGGCACCAUCCUGAUCGACCUUUCUCCAGAAGACAAGGAGUAUCAGUCAGUAGAGGAGGAGAUGCAGAGCACCAUCAGAGAGCACAGAGAUGGAGGCAACGCUGGGGGGGUGUUCACCAGAUACAAUAUCAUCAAGAUCCAAAAGGUGGUUAACAAGAAACUGAGGGAACGUUACACCCACCGGCAGAAAGAGAUCGCAGAUGAGAACCACAACCAUCACAAUGAGCGCAUGCUGUUCCACGGUUCUCCGUUCAUCAACGCCAUCAUCCACAAAGGCUUUGACGAGCGCCACGCGUACAUAGGAGGGAUGUUUGGAGCAGGAAUCUACUUUGCUGAAAAUUCAUCCAAGAGCAAUCAAUAUGUUUAUGGCAUCGGUGGAGGCACGGGCUGUCCAACACACAAAGACCGAUCAUGCUACGUGUGCCACAGACAGAUGCUCUUCUGCAGAGUGACUCUGGGGAAGUCCUUCCUACAGUUCAGUGCCAUGAAGAUGGCUCAUGCCCCCCCGGGCCACCACUCUGUGAUCGGGCGGCCCAGUGUUAACGGCCUAGCAUAUGCCGAGUACGUUAUCUACAGAGGAGAGCAGGCCUAUCCAGAGUACCUCAUCACCUACCAGAUCCUUAAACCGGAGAGUACGGCCCAGUCUGCUGCAGGAGCAGAGCAGAAGUCGUAGUUACUUUUAUGUCACAAAAGAACCCAGUGCUUGUUACUUUCUCCUUUGUCUUGCAAAAUGCAGAAAAAUGAUUGGUUACUUACAAACACACAUUUCCUUUGUUCCCCUGGUAAGUAGAAUCCAUGGUGACCAGUGCUUCAUGAGCAGAUAUGCUGUAUAAUAAUCUCCUACUCGUGGUUAACGAUGAGUCCAUUUCCUCUUUAUUUUACAUCGGCUGCAUGUUAAUACAGAAGCAUGUACGGCCCAAUAGCGUGUGUGGGUCGCCCCUCCCCUUUCCCCACCCUUCCCCAAUCAAAUGAGUAUUUGUAGAGAUUAUAAAGCAUUAACAGAUGAACACUUGUCUCAUGCCCCGCCCCCACACAUACAUGCAUUAUCUCAGCAUCAGCCAAAGCCUGAAACCUGUGUACUACUGCCACCACCGUUAUUUUAAGGGUUCAUCCUUCGUUAACUGAUUUAUUUUUGUUUUCCCACGCUGACCUAGAGCACUAAACAGUUAACACUGUUGUUGCUUUAUGACACAGGCAGUCCCCGAGUUGUGGUGCGACAUGUUGUGAUGUACUCAUUAUAAAUUUUAAAAUCCUCGAGUAUAUCUGCUCAUACGUUUUGAGCCCAGAUGAGGCGGCAGGUGAAGCAGCCCCCUCCUCCCUCUGCCAAAAAAACAAGCAAAAACUACAAUCCCGGAUUGUUGGAGACAGACUUGAUCUGUCAAAUCACAGAACUUGGACCCGUUUUACCAUCUUGGAUUUGGUGCAUUGUACUCAGUAAUGCUGCUGAAACGUGCUAAGACUCACUUGUGAAUGACGUGUUAGUCCUCCUGAGCUGUCUACCUGUGUUACAACCACUGGGCACAAAAGCAUCCCGCUGCGUUCCGAUAGGAGUCAGACCCUUAUACACUACACUAACCAGCAAAGUUGUCUCAGCUCCCGUCUGUCCCUGUGUUCUCACUCAGACUAUCACACACAUGGAUUUGCACUUUUACUUAGAAACCUAUUUAAGUUAUUUUGAAAUGAAUAUACAAAUAAUGCGGGAAAAAUAUUUGUACAUGUUGUGUAAAUGAUUGUGUAUAACUUUGCUGUUUAACAGUAUCUUUUUGAGUUUAUCUGUAAAUGACAUCUGACUUUCCUUUCAUGUGUUCUUGAAUCUCAGUUUUCAUUUUUGUUUUUUGUUUUUUAAAUAAAUGUCCUAUUAACAGUU